UUUGUCUCGUCAUGGAUAACAGGAAGGAGAGAUACUCCAAGAGCAUCCGGGGCGAUCGUGAUGAGAGAGAUAGGACUAAGCAUCAUCAUGAGAGGUCUCACGAAGGUAGUAAGAGGAAAGAUAGAGAAGAAGAGAAUGGGACGGCUAGGGCAACAAACAAGAAAUCUAGGUUUGAAGAUGUGGCUAGGUUUGAGAAUAGGCCGUAUACUUGUUCUAUUGCAUCGGAAACUACUUCUGGUCAAAUUAUUGUAGCUGUUAAGCGAUUUCAGGACUUGGCACAUAAACAGACCAAGGGCUUUGUUCUGCGUGUGGAUGCACUUGGAAGAGAAAUCGAUGAACACGGAAAUGUGAUUAGCGUCACUAAACCGAUCAAUCAUAGUACUUUGAUGGUUAAUAUUAGGGACAAUGUCCCACAUCGGAAG